AUGGCAUCCCAAAGCCCACCCCGGAUGGGGUCCCCAACACAAAACGAGGACGGAUUUCGAGAAGUACCCGCGAGACCCCCGAGUAUAGUGUCCUCGCGGAUGACGGAUAUUGCAUCAGACGACGGAGAGGAGCCGCAUUUUCAGUCGACACGCCCCGCUCAACGACGGAGUCUUGUACCCUCAGAGUCGCGACCAGGAACAGCCAGGACAGGCGUCUCAUCGAAAGGCAGCCGGCCUCAUCCCCAGCCGCUCAGAAAUAAUUAUCUCUCGGGCGUUGCAGCUCAGCGGGGCAGUGUUGGAGCGGGCAGUAUUACGAGCUCGAUUGGAAGGACGCCGAGCACGAAAAGCCGAAGCCAUGUUCCUUCUCUAACCUCUCACGCAUUCUUCCGUCCCAUGAGCUCUCAGAAACUUCAAGCCCAGCGAGGCGGGCCCCGGCCCUCGGCGAUAGCGAGACAAGCAGAGUCGGCACAGGAUCCGAGCAGCACCGCACCGAGCAACCUCCAACAAAGCCCGACCUCCCCUCCCCCACGACCCUUAGGUUUAGGCGAACCACGCAGCGAAGAUGGUUCUUUCAAUGCACCACCAUCCCCCGGUACUGAGGUGACCGGCCACGAAACUUUGGAUAGGACGGCGAAUACUAGUCCGACUCAGGGCCACCAUACCGCGCAUGGAAGCAUAUCGGAGAGCAUGCGGCCACUUCAAAAGAAGAAAUUCGAAAACCAAAACCUAAACAUUACUGUGGAUAAAAGUUACGCAGAGAGGUCUUCAGCCAUCGCCGGGGUCCUCAAAUCCCCUCGUUCGUUCCGCUCAAGCUUCUUGCUCCCUGGCAAUAUCAGCGAUCGUGCGCAAAGUUCAGCGAACCGAGACCUCGAGGGGGCUGAGAAACUAUCAUCAGGGGCAUCGACACCGCAUCCGGAAUCCGUCCACCGCGGAGCAACCCCGAACAAGGCCAAGAGUCCUCAACCUCAACCGCCCCGCAUCGGAAAGGUAUUCGAAUACUUCGAGGGAAAUACCGUUUUCUGUCUAGGUGGAAGAUGGCAGAAUUCGAGGCAACGGCCGGUAAAUGUUGCGACUGGGCUUAUGGUCGUUGUGCCUGCUGUGCUUUUCUUCGUCUUUUCGGCCGAUUACCUUUGGCAUGAGGUCUCUCCAGCCAUUCCCAUUACUUUCGGUUACUUGUUUUAUAUCUGCAUCUCGUCCUUUAUUCACGCAUCCGUGACUGACCCCGGGAUUCUCCCACGAAAUCUUCACCGAUUCCCACCUCCCGAAGACGACGAUCCACUCCGAAUAGGUCCUCCGACGACCGACUGGUACCUCAUUCGAUCGGCAGACAAGUCGUCUGCCGCCAUGGAAGUCCCUGUUUGGCAUUGCCGCACCUGCCACAUCUGGCGACCGCCUCGUGCCCACCACUGCAGGCUCUGCGAUAAUUGCGUUGAGACGCAAGACCAUCAUUGCGUGUGGCUUAACAACUGCGUUGGACGCCGAAACUACCGAUACUUCUUCACCUUUGUUAGCACAACGACGCUUCUCGCCGCCUAUCUCAUCGGGGCCUGUCUUGCCCAAGUCCUGAUCUAUCGGGCCCGGGAAGGAAUAUUGUUCAGCGAAGCUGUGAGCCACUUCCGGGUCCCGUUCGCCAUGGUGAUUUACGGAGUCGUUGGUCUGCUCUACCCGCUCGCCUUGAUGGGUUACCACAUCUUCCUCAUGGCCCGCGGCGAGACGACACGAGAGUACAUCAACUCGCACAAAUUCGUCAAGACCGAGCGUUACAGGGCUUUCAACCAGAGGAACUGGAUCAAGAACUGGAUAGUUGUCCUCUGCCGGCCAAGGCCGCCGACCUACUAUAAGUUCAAGAGCAAGCAUUCCUUCGGUGACCAACGGCUUAGCGAGCAUCGUGGUCGGAGAGCUCGCAAGGAUGCUACCCAGGCUAUGGAGAUGGAGGCCGUCAAGCCGGCGUCUUCAGGCUUCCAGGGUCCUGUCUCGCUCAGGAGUCAGCGGAGUCAACAGCUGAACAACUAG